GAGCUUCAGGAGUAUCACUGCGGCCGCCGACAGUCAGACGAACCAGUUUUCAUCCAAAGCUUUUCCUCGCUGCAGCUCUUCAAUAUGGCCGCCGGCUUCCCUGACAUACAAAGACCGUAUGGCGGGCGCCGACAAAGCGUUUCUUCAAACAUGUCGUCUGAGACCUCGUGAAUGUGAAUAUGGAGUAAAGUACGACAGGAAGAUCAUUUCUGAGACUCCUCAAGACUCUGAACCUUAA